CUCCUUGUCGUUCACAGAACGGUCUCUGUUCGUUUCACAGAACAGUUUAAUUUUAGAAUAUCCGUUCGUCCCUAUUUGGACGAAAUGCAUUUAGUUUAGUUUGUCGACUGCAGUUAUGUGUCGUGUAGUGCUCAAUGACUUUUACUUUAUUUCUUAUUUAAAUCGUGAUAAAUAUUUGUGCGAGUGAAGUUUUAAUUAUCUAAUAAUCUGUUUAAAGUAACACUUUUUAUUUGAAGCAAGGUUUCUUAAUUAAACACCAUCUAUGGACGAAUUAAAAAAAAAACACAUUUGAAACGAAUUGAUAACUUAAGGAUUGUAAAAUCAAAAAUUAAAAUCAAAGAUAAUAAUAAGCGAAGUUUACUAAUGUGUAAUCAGUGAUUUCUUGCGAUGUCGAUGACGUAAUCUUACUGGAAAAUAAUGUCUGAUGAUAAGAAUGUAAGCACAUUGAUAAGUAAAGAACAUGCAUGAAAAGAGAACAUCACUAGCUACUACGAAUUACCAAUGACAUAAUCUAUACGAUAGAAGCGACAGCGCGCUUCGAAUAUAAACAAAAAGCGUAAACAUUAACUCUUAUGACUCACAAUGGCGAAGAAUUCAUUAUCAUAACUGCACGCAUACGUUAGUUGAAACCGCGCACUGAAGGCUAAUUGUCGUCUAUUAAAACAUUUUUACGCGUUUACAACUACAGAUUUACUUUUCAAUAUACAAAGUCCAUCGAGGCUGUGUCAAGUGAACGCGAGUGUACAAUCUACGACCGCUCUAACACAAUUACGCGUAUUUUCCUCAACGACGAAACAAAGAAAUCAUAUUUAGUGAAUUAAAUUAAUUUCCAAUAAACGGGGACAUCUGCCUGUUGAUCCCACGUGCAUGUGAAAACGGGAAGAUGUAUGCGCGCGUGUGAAAUAUCGAAUGCAAAAAUGAUUAAAAGGAACGGCGAUAAUGUAUUUGCGAUCGCGUCGAACAACAACCACGGCCAGUGUCAGAGCGGGAGCGGCCGCAGCGGGGUUGCCGUGUCGCCGUGUGCCGGCCCCGGGGCAACUAGGAUUCCGCGAGCUACACCAUCUCCUGCCAGGAUGCUGCCAGAAUCGCAGCCACACACUAAAGAAACCAGCAUCGCGCUCUCUACUUACGUCGAGAAAUGGAAGAACCGAUACGAAGAAGCCGAGAGGAAGCACAAAACGUACCUCCUCAAGUCAGAAAAAGCUAAACGUGAACAUGAUGAGCUGCAGCGGCGGUACAACAUCUUGCUGGAGGAGCGGAGACACGUGGAAGCUGAGCUGGCGGAGCGGGAACGAGAGCUGGCGAAGCUACGUACCGUCUCCGAGAAGCUAUUCCAGGAGUACCAACAGCUCAAACACCAACAAGAGAUUGAUGCUGGUGUUAUGCAGAAGGUUAUGCAGCAAGCGGGAGAAUGGUAUAAGCAGAAUAAACAAUUGAAAAGACGAAGUGCAGCACUUAUCCACGCUCUGCCUACUCCCGUCGACAUCGAUCUUACUGAUGCCACGGAUGCAGCAUCAGAUAGCAGCAGUAACGAGGAGGUGGAGUUCCUGAAGCGUACGGUGUCAGAGCUGUCGGCGCAAGUCGGGGCGCUACAAGCGGACCUCAGCGCAGCGCGACUGCACGAGUUUGAGGCCCACGAGCACAAUGUCGCCCUCGCACAGGAGUUGGAGACGGAGAAGGAGCGGAGCGGCGUGCAGCAGAAGGAGCUGCAGGAGCUGCGCGGGCAGCUGGAGAGGCACAACAGAGUGUCCAAGCUGUUGAUGGAGGAGGUGACGGCGCUCAAAGACAAUGCAGACAAGGACAGGCAGAUGGCGGAGACGUACAAGAGCGAGGCGCGCGACGCCAAGAAGCGAGUGAAGGCGCUGACGCACCAGAGCGCGCUGCUGCUGGGCGAGCUGGAGAUGGACGAGCGCCUGGGCCGCCUGCUGGCCGAGCUGGACAGUCUGCGCGACGCGCUGGACCUGCAGGCGCUGCGCCACCGCGACCAGCUGCACGACCUGCAGCUCAAAUUAGCUGAAAAACACGAAGAAACCGACAUUCUUCUAUGGGAGGAGAAGAUAAGACUCGCAGAAGAAGACGCGCAGAAGGCAGUAGAACGAGCGGAGAGGGCGGAGAAGAAGUUGGCAGAAGUUGAGAAGAAACAACCACCGAAGAAAUCAGCUCUCAUGUCUAGGAUAAGUUACUUCGAAAGUGGUGGAAAUGAAAAAGCAAAGAUUGAGAAAGUUGAACUGAAAGAAGAAAUAAAAGAAAUCAAAGAAGAAGUAAAUGAAGUUAUAGUUUCAGAAACACCACCUGAACCCGCAGAGAGCACAAGCUCACGGGAACCAUCGCCCGAAGUGACCACCGCCCCUCCUCCUCCCCCUCCAUGUCUGCCUCCACCUCCACCUCCCCCGCCCCCUCCACCUCCUCCACCCCCGGCGUUCCUCCCCCCGGAGCAGAGUGAGGACAUGGCAACACUGCUCAACUGUAAACAAGGGACCUUGAAGAAGACCAAACAAAAUGGAGGUGGUGCGAUCGACGCGAUCGUGGAUCAGAUAAAAUGCGGUAAGUUCCAACUGAAGUCAACAGACCAGAACUUCCUGGAGAAGAAACCUAAGGAUGACCAGCCCGAGGCUGUGAAGGAGAUGCUCGCGAUCCUCGGAACUCUGCGCAAACGUAGGGGAGGGAAUAGACCUAACUUUGUACCUAACGAACAGGAACCAUGAAUUACUAAUUUUAUAAACUAUCUUUCGCCCGCGACGCCGUCCCCGAAAUUUGAAAAACAAAAGUAAACACUCUAUG